AUGGAAACAGUUACUUAAUAGAUAAAACAUUUGAAUUAAAAAAACCAAGAACUUGCUGCUCUUGAAAAUCGAUUGAUUUAAUUAAAACAAUAACUUAAUUUACAAGAAGCUAACAAUAAUAUUGUAUAGGCAAAAGUAGACAAGAUUGUAUAUGCUAAGAAAUAGAAAUUUGAAGAUUAAAUGGAAGUAUAGAUUGAUGACAAUUAAAUAGCUUAGUAAAAUAAUGGAAGCAAACAAUAUAAAUGAUAAUGGAAUACAUAAUUUCAUCAGAUAAAAUAAAUAAUAAUAACAAGAGGAAACAAAGAAAAUGAAAUAAGAUAUGUUAGAUGAGAAAUGCUUGAAAUCUGCAUUAGUGAAAUAAUAAUUGGCAUUAUAGAUGUAUUAAAAUAAAAAGAAAAGAGAAGAAGAACUUUUAGAAAAAUAACAAUAAUAUGCAAGAGUAAUUUGUUUUUUUUAAUGUGAUAGAUCUCAGAAUGGGAGUUUAAUAUGAAACAAGAUUUAGAAUAAAAGAAAGCAGAAAAAAUAGAAAGAAUUAGAUAAGAAUAAAAUUUAUUUAAAGAAUAAAUUGCAAAACGAUUGUAAGAGUAAUAAACAUUAUGCGAUUAGAUGAGUAAUGAAGAAUAAAGAUUACUUAAGUAAAUUUUUGACUUAAUUAAUUUAAGUAAAUUAAAAGAUUCUCAAGUACAUGGAACUACUUUAAAAAAUGAUUUAAUGACUGCAUUAAAUUUAAGCAUUAAAGAAUAUAAUAAUAUAUCAGGUUUAAGACCAUAAAAUUCUAAGUCUCAAAGUUUAUAGAAAUUACCUAAAGAAUCAUAAAAUAGUCCUUAUGCUUAAUUACCAACAAUGUUAUAAAUGAAAGUAAGUGGAUAAUUAAGUAAUUACUUAAAUAGUAAUUCAUCAUUUCGUGAAUCUUUAAUGAAAGAAUAUUAAUUUUCACUACCUUCUUUAUGUAAACCAUCUUUUAAUGAAUAAUAACAAUAAGUAGAUCGAUUAUAUCAAUCAAAAACAUUAAAGAAUAGCAAAUAAGAUUUAUAAUCUAUUCUCAACUAUUGUGAUAAUAAAAGCAAAUCUUCUUAAACUAAAAAGAAAGCUAGAAUGAAUUAAAGUGAUAUUCUAUCUUCAGAUAAUCAUUCUAUUUCCUCAAAAUAAAAUCGUAAAAUAUCUCAAUAACAAUCAAUUAGCAAAUAAUAAUCAAAAGAAUUAGAUAAAAGCACUUAAAAUUAAUAAUAAUGA